CUCUGGCAACACUGCAUAGCACAUGUGCGGACGAAUCACGAAAAUCAUAACCUAAAAUCGGGCUUUUCGAAAAGGCAAAAAGCAAAAACUAGAAAUGACAGUUUGACUGAGAUUUUCCGUCGGCUGGUUGACGUAUAUGCUCAGAAUGCGACGACGGUUACGUAUUUUCCACUGAUAACACGAACCUAGCAAAAUCCGACCACACAUCUGGACGACCUCUGUCACCUUGAAUUUUUCAAAUCUGUAGAAUCAACCGCAAAAUUAUGGCGACCGUAAAAUCUCUUCAACGUUUGGGGGCCGCCGGCAAAGUCACUUUCGCCCGUUCUCUGUCCACCAGCAAAGCCCUAAGCGCCAAGCCGAUGACAGUGAGAGAUGCCUUGAACUCUGCUAUGGACGAAGAAAUGGAAAGGGACGAAAGAGUUUUUAUUAUGGGUGAAGAGGUGGCACAGUAUGAUGGGGCUUACAAGGUAUCCAGAGGGCUGUGGAAGAAGUACGGAGAUAAGAGGGUCAUCGAUACGCCUAUCACUGAAAUGGGAUUUGCCGGUAUAGCAACAGGUGCAGCAAUGGCCGGUCUGAGGCCUAUCUGCGAAUUCAUGACCUUCAACUUCGCCAUGCAGGCCAUCGAUCACAUCAUCAACUCCGCCGCGAAAACCUUCUACAUGUCAGCAGGGCGAGUGAACGUUCCGAUUGUGUUCAGGGGGCCGAACGGGGCCGCCGCCGGGGUCGCCGCACAGCACUCGCAGUGUUAUGGGGCUUGGUACGCACACUGUCCUGGAUUGAAGGUGGUAUCACCAUACAAUUCCGAGGACUGCAAAGGGCUGCUAAAAGCUGCUAUAAGGGAUCCAGACCCGGUCGUGUUUUUAGAGAAUGAAAUCUUGUACGGUGUUCAGUACCCAAUGUCGGAUGAGGCAUUAAGUAAAGAUUUUGUUCUACCUAUAGGGAAAGCCAAAAUAGAAAAACCAGGAAAGCAUAUAACAGUAGUAGCACAUUCAAAAGCAGUAGAAACAUCAUUAGAAGCAGCGAAAGAACUAGCUGGUAAAGGAAUAGAAUGUGAAGUUAUAAAUUUGAGGAGUCUAAGGCCUCUCGAUAUGGAAACCAUCGUCAAAUCAGUCACGAAAACGAAUCAUCUGUUAUCCGUGGAACAAGGAUGGCCCACUUGCGGUAUCGGUGCAGAAAUAUUAGCGCAGAUAAUGGAAAGCGAGGCUUUCUUCCACCUGGACCAGCCGGCCUUGAGGAUAACAGGUGCGGACGUGCCUAUGCCUUACACCAAAUCCUUGGAAAUUGCGGCGUUGCCACAACCCAAGGACGUGGUUGCCGCCGUAAAAAAGUUGCUCAAGGUCAAAUGAAGGGAAUCCUCUGCGAACAGGAUGCUAUCUAGCGUUUAAUAGGAGGCAGUAUCGAGUCUGAACCCGCGCGGCGUCGUCGUGUCGAUUAUUACCAUGUGUAAUUUUUCUCUUUUGUAAUAUAUCGCCGUAUUCUUUCUUCUCUUGAAAUAUAUAUAUUGUAUAUUUUGCUUCGAUAUUUUAUUUACCUAAUAAACGAAAAGAG